AUGUCUGCCCCAAUUCCUUCAGAGCGCCCCCUAAAGGACGUUGAACGCGAUUCCGUUACCUCUGACGAUUCGGAUGCCACUGAUGAGGAGGGCUGGGAAGAUCUCGAACCCGAUGACGAGACACAGCCGGUCAUCGGCCUUUUCUCCGACAAAGUCUAUCCGGAUGUUCGGUCAAUGCUCAAGGAAAGCAAGGACAAGAAUGGCUUUGAUUUAAGGAAGAUUAAAAAAGAGCUUGACCUGGAUUUUCUGGAUACUAUUAAGCUCGUCAACUACAUACGGCUUUCGGUGAAGGAUGGUAACACGUCACCCGACGUAUCUUCUAAGGAGAAAUUCCAGGACGAGGCGUACUUGAAACCCGUUUUGGAGGACGACGCACUCUUAUACAGUCUGGACGAUAUUGAAGAUGAGGAGUCGGGAGAAGCUGGCGGCACCCAGGCUGAACGCCAGGUAGUCGAGCUCCAGGAGGAACUAGAACGUCUUCAACUCCAAUUCUCGGAGUAUAGACUUGCGGUUCAGAAAUCGUUGGAUGACCAAUUGACCAGGGAAGACGAUAAACUCCCUUCGACAUCUGGCCCGUCUGCUACUCGCGCUUCCAACAAAGCGGAAGAAAUUGAUUCAGAUUAUUUCUCCUCCUAUGCGUAUAACGGCAUUCAUGAGUCUAUGCUUAAAGAUACGAUUCGGACUGAUUCCUACCGGGACUUCGUCUAUGACAACAAGCACAUAUUCAAGGAUAAAGUUGUUCUAGAUGUCGGUUGUGGGACUGGAAUUUUGUCCAUGUUCUGCGCGAAAGCGGGUGCCCGAAAGGUGAUAUCCGUGGACAAUUCAAAUAUCAUCGAUAGGGCGAAGGAAAUUGUCUAUGAAAAUGGGUUUGGCGAUGUUAUAACAUGUAUUCGGGGCAAGAUCGAGGAAGUCACCCUGCCUGUCAAGCAAGUGGACAUCAUCAUUUCUGAAUGGAUGGGUUACGGCCUGCUGUUUGAAGCGAUGUUCGAUUCGGUUAUAUACGCCCGUGACCGCUACCUUGCACCGGAUGGGCUUAUGGCUCCCUCGCACGCUACGCUUCGCAUUGCGCCGCUAGCUGAUCCAGACCUGGUCACAUCCCAUGUCGGGUUUUGGCACGAUAUCUAUGGCUUCAAUAUGAAGAGUAUGCUCACUGGUAUCUACGAUGAAGCACUUGUCCGCAGUGUGCCAUCCUCUUCUAUGGCAGGGGAAUCCGAAAUUUUCGCCACCUUGCCACUGCACACCAUCACUGUUGAGGAACUAUCCUUUUUGAAAGAAUUCGAGGUGACCUUGAAGCAAGAUGUUGACUCGCUCGACGGCUGGUCUAUUUGGUUUGACAUCUUCUUCAUACCAUCCAGGGAAUCAACGCUUCCAUCCAAUGCCAUUCCAUCAGAUCUGCAGAAGAAGGGCAUCGUGGCGUUUACAACAGGACCGGAUGGCAAGGAGACCCACUGGCAGCAAACCAUUUGCCUCAUCGAUCAUGGUAAAAAGAAGCCAACUGCAAUGAAGAAGGGCCAAACAAUAAAGGGAACGGUUAGAUACCAGAAGAGGAACGCGCACUCCAGGUCCCUGGAUAUCACAAUCGAUUAUGAUGCGCAGGUUGGAGAGAAAGGUUCUCAGGAAUGGGCAUUACAAUAG